AUGAGUGUCUUUGAUGAUCACUCAGAUAAUCAGACACCAGCUCAGCUUUUCCAAUCUCAGAUACGCGUGAAGAAUACGAGCACGCCAAGUGUAGACAACACGAGCAAAGUAAAGGAGGACAUCGACCAAUUUAGGUACAGAGAUAGCACAGAUGAGAGGACAGACGAAGAAAUCCUAGUUAAACGACUCAAAAGACGCAUUGAUUGGCAUAUUGUCCCUGCACUGUUCCUGCUUUUUUGCGUCAAUUUUCUGGAUAGAGUCAAUAUUGGUCAGGCCAAACUAGAAGGUCUUCUUACAGAUAUACACAUCAAUGACUAUCAGUUCGAAAUCUGUUUGACUGUAUUCUAUGUCAGCUACAUAGCUUCAGAGAUACCCUUGAAUAUGCUUACGAAGAAGAUAGGGCCUCAAUGGACUAUUCCGUUGAUGGCUGUCAGUUGGUCCAUCGUUUGUACUCUCACUGGCAUUAUUCAAAAUUACGCAGGGCUGAUAGCGGUUCGCUGGUUUCUUGGUUUAACUGAAGGAGGUAUGUUUCAUGGCAUGCUGAUAAUCCUUAUCGCGUGGUACCCACGUAAGAAUCAAGCGAUUAGAAUCACGAUCAUAUAUCUCGGAAGCCAACUUGCUGGUGCAUUUGGUGGUAUUUUCAGUUAUGUGUUAGCUCUGAUGCGUGGUGUCGGUGGACUUGAAGGUUGGAGAUGGAUAUACAUAAUAGAAGGAUUGUUGAGCUUCAUUGUAGCCAUGGGAUCAUUCUUCUUUAUACAAGACUUUCCUGAUAAGUCUAAGCUACUCAACGAGGAUGAAAAGGCGACCUGGUACAGAUACAUUGAAACACAACAGGGGAUGCGUUUUGAUGAAUCUAUUCCUUUCACAUGGUCACAAGCCACAUCAGCGUUUACAGAUUACAAAAUGUACAUGUUUUGUGUUAUCAACUUCGCUAAUGGUACUCUCCUCUAUGUUUUAAGUACCUGGAUACCAACCAUCAUUAGUGAAUUGGGCAAUUUUGAUAUUGCUGAGUCGCAUCUACUCACCGCACCUAUUUAUAUAUUUGGUAUGAUCGCAGCUUUCUUGGCUGCUCUCUGGUCAGAUCGUAAGGCAGAAAGAGGGUACUUAUGUGUUUCCGGGUUAUCAAUCUCAGCUAUAGGAUUUAUCUUAAUUAUGGCAAUACCACCCAACAAGGCCGUUGGUGCGAGGUUUUUCAGUUUGUUCUUGAUGAUCGCGGGCUCUAACAUCUGUGCAGCCGGAUUAUUGUCUUGGUAUGGAGCUACAUUUGGUCCAUCAUAUAGAAGAGCUAUUGCAACUGCUUUCAUUAUCAUGUGUGGUAAUAGCGGAGGUCUGGCAUCUAGCUUCAUCUACCCCGAAUCCACAGCACCAAGAUUCUUACCGGGUCAUGCAUACUGUUUGGCAUUCUGCAUUAUUGGUGCCUCAAUAAGUUUUAUUUUGAGGUAUCUCCUCAAGAGAGAAAACGACCGUCGCGAUACACUCU